UUUUGCUGUGUCGUCUGUUCUGUACGCUGUAAUGAAAUGACAAUGAAGAAAUAAUUAACUAUUAUGUCUUGAUGAUCGUCAACUGCUUUUUAUAAAAUGCUGCUAGAGUUUGGAAAUUAUGGCACGAUUUGUCGAAAAAACGUUUCAGUCUUUGAAUUCUGUCCUCAACAGCUCGGGACUUUUUCAAAAUAAACAAGAUAAGUCCUCUAUGAAACUAAACUUUCAAUGGGUUUUAGAUUUAGAAACAUUUUCGAACAGAUUGAAAAACAUCGAUUCAAAACAGGAUGAAGAAGAUAUUGUUAUGAUGUACCUAUCAGCAAUGGAAAAAAGAUUAGCCGAACCAGAUGUAACAAAUGUGGAAAUAGAAAGAAUGAUGAAACUCUGCAUGGUUUGUGAAACUAUGGGUUAUUCAACAACUUUUAUAUACAUUCAUUCCUUGAAACUUGCUCAAAAAGGAAAUUUACAAGAAAAACACACAGGAUACUUGGCAGCUUCAUAUUUCCUUCAUCCAAAACAUGAAUUAGUAAUAUUGCUGAUCAACACUAUGCAGAAGGAUUUGUGCAGCUCAAAUUAUGUUGAAGUUCUUUUAGCACUAACGUCUGUUUGUCAUCUCAUAAGUACUGAUACUGUUCACAAUGUGCUAUAUCUUGUAGAAGAAAAACUUAACCACAGAAAAUCAUCUGUCCGAAAAUUAGCCAUCCUUGCCUUAGGUCACUGCCUUCAAAUAGCCAAUAACCAAAGUUCUUACCAAAUGUCUUUGCCAAAGUUAGAAAAAGCCUUGACAGAUCCUGAGCUAGAAGUAGUUUCAGUUGCAGUUCGUACUAUAUAUAAUAUAAUCCAGAAACUUCCAACUGACUCUUCUUAUUUAAUAAACUCCUUAUUAGAGCUUCAAGAACAAAUAUUACUACGAAGGAUUCCAUCUGCAAUGAAUUAUUGUGAUAUUCCUGCACCAUGGUUACAGAUUGAUAUCUUGAAGUUGCUGUCAUUCCUUUGUAAGAGCAUAGAGCAUUCUGAAAAAAUAGCUCCUGUUUUGAAGAAAACAUUGCAACAAGUUGGCUUAAACCACACUUUAGCUCAUGCAAUCAUGUAUCAAGUUGUUGAAACUGCAACAUGUGUGCCAAUGUGUCCUGAAUUAUCUGAAUGUGUCUUGUCAUCAGUUUCUAUGUUUUUAAAAUCAAAAGAUGUGAAUUUAAAAUUUAUAGGUAUUGAGUCUUUAGUUCUGAUAAUGAAGAAGCUAAAACCCAGUAUUUCUCUUGAACAACAAGAAACUGUUAUGGAAUGUCUAAAACUUCCAGAUGAAGUCCUACAGUUAAAGACCCUGGAACUUUUAUAUCAACUGGCUAAUCCAUCUAAUGUGCAACCAAUUUGUAAGAAAAUGACGGAGUUUUUGAUUUCUGUUGAAGACAUAACUAGAAAAAAAGAGCUUGCUAUUAGAAUUCUUCAUUUGGCAUCAAAGUAUACCGAGCGUCAUGAUUGGUACAUAUCAACUGUAAAUAAUAUUUUUUCUGAAGCUGGAAAUAUUCUGCUGCCAAACCAAAUUUUAGAUGUGAUAAACAUAGUAGUUAAAGAUUCUGCCUUGAAAGAUGUUGUUAAAAAAUUUUUCAUGGACUUGAUUGAAAAAGGAAAUCUGUUGUCUUCUUGUUCUGUAAAACUUUUGUUGUCUGUGCUAUCAACUCCUUCUGAGUUAUUAAAAUGCUGGCCAUCAGUUAUUCAAAACUCUGAGGAGGAUUUGCAAAAUUGGAUUUUUACUUCAUUUGUUGACAUUUUUUUGAAAAGUAAAGAAUUCUACACUACUUUUACGGAAUUGUCUGAACACAUAGAAAUGAAAUGUGAAAAGAGCAAAAAGAUGCUUUCUGAAUUUGUUGAAGCCAUUAAUUACAUUUCAACUUUCAAGAAUUUUGAUCCUGAUAUAAAGGUGGAUCCUACACUCACAUUUUUAGACAGCUUUGUAAUCGAUAGUCUUGAAACUAAUACAGCUUGUUAUUUGCCACCUAGUUCUCGUUUACCUUUGUCGACAAAUUAUCUCAUUGAAGCAGUGCUGUCAGGGCCGGAUUUGGAAGUGUGGAGGCCCCGGGGUAACGAAGAAGUGGAGGCCCCUAAUCAGGCUGCCAUAGAAUAUGAGAAUAACAUUCUUCCUGCACCUGGCAGUGACACUUAUACACAGAAUUCUGAAAACAGUUCUUGUCCUAAGUCGCCUGUAUAUAAUGCUUUUGGUUCUCCGAGUUUGUCAUUUCACAGCCUUGCCAGUGAAAAGGAAUAUUCUGCUCCAUCUACAUCCAAAAAUUCGUCCAUGUGGACAAAAGAGGGUCGUACAAAUGUAUCAGAUGAAGAUAAUUAUUCCAUUAUUAGUGACACAGUUAACUCUAAAGAAUCAGAAGCAGAAGAUGAUCUGCAUGAGCUUUUUGCUGGAAUAUCUUAACGAAUUUAUUACUAAUAUGUUUAAUCUGUUUAAAUAUUUUCAAUCAUCAAUCCUGCAUGUAAAAAAAUCUGUAAAUAAAAAGUUUUGAAAUAAAUUA